UCAUAGAAUUGGGGAAUCUCCCUUAGCUCUCUGUUUCCGUUUCCGAUUCAGCAUUUCUGCUGAAAUUCAAAGAUGUUGCCGAUUGUUCGGAGAGUGUUUGCUGUUACAUCCUCCUCUUCGUCAAGUUUCAUUCGUACUCUUCUCUCGGACAAAGUUGCUUUGUUUCAUCAGAUGCUUCAGUCUCGCCCUCUCCCUUCGACUAUCGAUUUCAAUAAAUUAUUGAGUGCAAUCGUUAAGAUGAAACGGUUCGAUAUCGCAAUUUUUCUUUGCAAGCGAAUGGAAUUGCUCGGUGUUUCACGUGAUCUCUACACUUUGAAUAUUAUGAUCAACUGUUUCUGCCGCUCAUGUCAAGUGGUCUUAGGGUUUUCGGUUUUUGGAAAGAUCAUGAAGUUGGGUUAUGAUCCUGAUGUUGUCACAUUCAAUACGCUAAUCAAUGGAUUCUGUAUCGGAGGUCAAAUUUCUGCAGCGUUAGACUUGAUGGAGCGGAUGGUGGAUGUUGGACAUAAACCCGAUGUCGUAACAUUUACCACAGUUGUCAAAGGACUUUUUCUCGAGGGUAGAGUUUACGAGGCAGGUAUUUUGGUUGAUCGGAUGGCAGAGAGAGGUUGUCAACCCAACACAGUUACUUAUAACGUUGUUGUGAAUGGGAUUUGUAAAUUAGGGGAUUCUGCUUUAGCUUUGAACUUGAUCAAGAAGAUGGAAGAAAGGACCAUCGAGGUCGAUGUCGUAACUUAUACAACGAUUAUCGAUUGUCUUUGCAAAGUUGGAAACAUAGAUGAUGCCCUUGACAUUUUUAGUAAGAUGGACGAUCGAGGAAUUGCACCGGAUGUUAUCACCUACAACACUUUGAUAAACUGCCUUUGUAGUUAUGGUAGAUGGAACGAUGCCUCACAAUUGUUGAAAGGUAUGACCAGCCGGAAAAUCACCCCUGAUGUUGUCACUUUCACCGGAUUAAUCGAUAACUUCAUUAAAGAGGAGAGAUUUGCAGAGGCUAAAGAUCUGUAUAUGGAGAUGAUUCAAAGAGGUUUGAAUCCGGAUACAUUCACUUAUACUUCGUUGAUAGAUGGGUUUUGCAUGCAGAAUCGUCUUGAUGAAGCAAAAGAGAUGUUUGAUUAUAUGAUCAGCAAGGGAUGUUUUCCAAAUGUUGUAACUUGUAAUGUUCUCGUUAAUGGAUACUGCAAAUCCGGUAGGAUUGACGAGGCUAUGGAGCUCUUUAGUGAGAUGUCUCGAAGAAGAGUGAUCCCCGAUACAAAUACUUACACCUCACUCAUCCAAGGGUUUUGUCGAGCUGGCAAACUUGAUGUUGCCGAAACGCUUUUCGUGGAGAUGCAGCGUCACGGUCCUUGUCUCGAUCUUGUAACUUAUAGCGUUUUUCUUGAUGGGCUAUGUAAAAAUGGAAAGUUAGAAGAGGCAUUGGAAUUAUACUAUGAGAUGGAAAAGAGCGGUAUGGACCUUAAUAUAGUUCCACAUAAUUCUAUCAUUCAUGGCUUGUGUAAGGCCGAGAAGGUUGAUGAAGCGGUGGGACUAUUUGUCAAGCUUUUCGAUAAAGGGGUAGAACCGAAUGUUAGGACGUAUAACAUAAUGAUCUUUGGACUUUGUAGUAAAGGUUUACUCGAUGAAGCUCAAAAGCUGUUCAGAGAUAUGAAAGAGGCCGGUUGUUUACCGAGUGACUGUACGUUUAACACAUUGAUCCGAGGUCAUCUGAGAAAUGGCUCUUCAUCGGAAGUUGUUGAGUUGGUACGAGAAAUGAAAAGCCGUGGAUUUUUGCCAGAUGCGUCGAUUAUGAGUUUGAUAAUAGAUAUGGUAUACGACGGUAGAUUGGAUAAAGAAUUUUUGGACCAGUUCGAUUACGGUAAUGCCGACCAUAUUCAUGAAGACGAGGCGAAAUUUCAGUGGCGGCCAGAAAGGGAACACAUUAGAGGAUAAAGAUGAACGAAGCUAGAAGCAGGUGAAGAGAAGCGGAUGUGAUAUUUAUUUGUAGACGCCCAAAAACAUUUGUAGAGAUAAAAACUAAAUUUUCUACAGGAGCGGAUGCGUGUAUAGGCAAAUAUAUUUGUAAAAAAAAAAUAUUUGUACAGAUAGAAAUUUUUUUAAUAAACAUUAUUGA